AUUCAGGCUCUUGUAGAGGGCGGUGUUGUUUUCUAGGAACAUGGCUGCUCGUAUUGGGAAUAUGAAUGAGAACUAUGAUUGUGAUAUUAGCGUUACUAUGAAAGGAGGAACUGAUACAAGGCCACAGUUUGGUAAUCGUUAUUUAACAGAUAAAAAUUCGGUGUUUGAACAUAAUGCAUGGGACAACGUUGAGUGGAGUUUAGAACAGGAAGCUGCAGCACAAGAAAGAGUUUCUAAGAACUCAGAAGUCAGGGUACCAGAAUUUUUACAAGAAAAGUAUGAAACUGAAGCUUUUGAAUAUUGGAACAAGUUUUAUGGAAUACAUCAAAACCGAUUUUUUAAAGAUCGUCACUGGCUUUUCACUGAAUUUCCCGAACUUGCUCCACAAAACACCGAAUUCCCGCUGAGAGCCACCAGUUUAAAAAACAACCUACGUGAAAAUUCCCAAAGUGGUUACUUACCGACACCACCGUCUAGUAUAAGCCAGAGAGGUUUAGAACCUGCUAGAGAAGUCGACCGUGAAAAGAACUUGGGAAAUAAAAGUGUUUUAUCAAAUGUACAAACUGAUAAUUGUGAUAGUAAGCUGGAAUUUCCUGGAGCAGGAGCAACCACCAGGAUUUUAGAGGUAGGGUGUGGUGCAGGAAACACAGUCUUUCCAAUUUUAGAAGUUAACAAUGAUCAAGGACUUUUUGUUUAUUGCUGUGAUUUCUCUGAUGCUGCAGUUUCACUUGUUAAGAAACACGAAAAGUAUGAACCACAAAGGUGUUACGCUUUCACUUGUGAUGUGACUACAGAUGUCUGGCCUGUUCCAUUUCCAGAAGAAAGUCUAGACGUUAUUGUGUUAAUAUUUGUAUUGUCAGCAAUUCAUCCAAAUAAAAUGCAGCAUGUCAUCAACACCUUGGGCAGGUACCUGAAGCCUGGUGGACAGAUUUUGUUCCGUGAUUAUGGUAGAUACGAUAUGGCAGAGUUACGAUUCAAGAGCGGCUGUUGUCUUCAGGACCACUUCUACGUUCGUGGUGAUGGAACAAGAGUGUAUUUUUUUACUGAAGGUAAAGAGUUGAAUAAAACGCUUCAGUGAUCUGCGUUCAUUAGAUGUU